GACCCGGAAGCACUUCACUGCAGCACCAAACAACAGGAUGUUCAGUUAGCCAGUUUGUUACUGUAGCUUUCAGCUAACCGCGUCGGGAAGUUGCAAUAUUUACUAUUGACAGCUAUAUCUGCAGGGAACAAUGCGGGGUGACGGAUGUUUACAAGUGAACGUUACCGUGUCAGGAUCCCGCCUUUGUGAAUUUUGAGCGCCGGGCAGUCACCGAAGCUAGUUAGCUUAGCUUUGCUAACGUUAUCGAGGCCAGAGGCUGUAACGUCUCUGUUAAGUUAACGUGGAUGUUUGGCAGCGAGCUGAACUGGUACCAGAACAGGGACGCGACGUUCAUUGGAUUAACAGCGAGUGUUAACCAACAGCUGCAGGUCGGGGCAUGUAAUUUAACUUGAGGAGCACGGAUACAGGUGUUAAAGGUACAGGUGGAGGCUGGUUUUGAUGGUUUAGCUUAGCAGAAGAUUAGCCGAAAAGAAAAGUGCAGCAGUCAUGGACGAUUUUAGCUCGAUCAGCCUGCUGUCUCUUGCGAUGUUGGUGGGAUGUUACGUGGCCGGGACUAUUCCUCUAGCAGUCAACUUCUCAGAGGAGAAGCUGAAGCUGAUCACUGUGCUGGGCGCAGGGCUGCUGUGUGGGACUGCACUGGCUGUCAUCAUUCCUGAGGGGGUUCAUGCACUUUAUGAGGAAAUCCUUGAAGGUGGACACCACAGCCACGGCCAGGCCGGAGUCGUGGAAGUGUCCGAGGCAAAGGGUGAAGCAGACGCGGCCCUGAGUGCCAGCGGGAAACACGAGCACAGCCACGAGCAGCUUCACGCCUGCAUCGGAGUGUCUCUGGUCCUGGGCUUCGUCUUCAUGCUGCUGGUGGAUCAGAUAGGCAGCUCUCACGUACACAGCACUGAAGAUCCAGAGUCAGCGAGGGUCACCUCCUCGAAGAUCACCACCACCCUGGGUCUUGUGGUCCACGCUGCUGCUGAUGGCGUGGCGCUGGGAGCUGCUGCCUCCACCUCUCAGACCAGCGUUCAGCUCAUCGUCUUUGUAGCUAUCAUGCUUCAUAAGGCUCCAGCAGCGUUCGGCCUGGUAUCGUUCCUGAUGCAUGCUGGUCUUGAGAGGAACCGCAUCCGCAAACAUCUCCUGGUCUUUGCCCUGGCAGCGCCCGUCCUCGCCAUGCUCACCUUUUUAGGCCUCAGUCAGAGCAGCAAAGAGGCCCUGUCAGACAUCAACGCCACCGGCGUCGCCAUGCUCUUCUCUGCCGGCACCUUCCUCUACGUGGCCACCGUCCAUGUCCUCCCUGAGGUCGGGGGUGGCGGCCACAGCCACGCUCCUACAGGAGGGAACGGAGGGAAAGGACUGAGCAAGGUGGAGGUGGUAGCUCUGGUGCUGGGCUGCCUCAUUCCUCUGGUGCUGUCGGUCGGUCACCACCAUUAGACUCCAGCACGGAUUUAAGACAGGUGUACAGGGCGAAAACACGGAGACAGAGACUUCAAACAUUGUGGAUCUAAAAUGUCUUAUUGCUUGUUGUCUGCUGAUGGACCUCAGGGACCAGACUGAUGCUCGAUGCGGGGACGUCAUGUGACUCCAAACUGAGCUUGAAACAGAGAAUGAAUGAUGUUAGUGAAAUCAGAGUUGCUACUGUGACAACCGAGGAACACGAGAAUGUUUUUCCUGAUACAGCCGCUGUAUGUGUCCGUUUAUUCCACCAGAAAUCUUUUUAUAAGAGAGAGCAGAAGCGUGGACCCUUUAGUUUACUGCGACCACCGUGGAGGUUUCAGUGUUUCAUUAUCGUGCUCGUCCAAAGUCAAAGACCCGACUCUAAUAUCAUUACAGUGAUGUUUUACUAGAUAGCAGUUGCACAGUGAGAUUUGAUGAAGCCCGUGAUAUCAAGAAAGCAAACUCUCUUUUUUAUACCUGUACAGAGUGUAAAUCUCUUAGCAACAAUCCCAAUUAAUUUGAGCUGAUUUUUCAAGUGCCAUAUUAGCAAGUUGAACCCCGAAGAGACGGCGCCGUGAGGACAGUACAGUUUGUAGUAAAUGUUCCUGACUUAUUUUCUUACCAACAGAGAGCUUUUUUUGCAGCUAAUGACGAAGCAGGACGAGCUCAGCCUGAAUAACCAGUCAGAUGAAAUUCUUGCCCUGGUUCGCGAGUGUAGAUAAAUCAGCUGUAACAAGCAGUUUCAGUGCUCUGAUGGGAAGCCUGUCUCUGUCGGAUACUGAUGGUGUGUCACAAACCUACCUGCUCAAACCUGAGUCCUGCGCAAGGAGAAGACACAGCCAGCCUUGAUGUAACACAACAUGAACUGCCACUUUUAUUUCAUGUUUAGUUUCUGGACAUGUUUAUUUCAAAGUAAUUAUAAAUAGAGGUCGGAGGAAACAAUCUGUAUAGAGUCGUCUUAAGUGAUUGUAUAGAGUGUUAUUAAGUUUAUUUGGAGGUGGAGGUCUGAGUGAAUGAUUUGCCUCGCAGAGGGCAUUAACUGGAGAAAACGUUCCGGGACCAUCGGCUCAGGAGAGCAGACAUACAACAGAUCCUGCGAGGAGAAUUUAGAACAAAACCCUUUUUUAUUUAGUUGGUUUACUCCUCAUUAGUUUAACACACCUGAGCAAUAAUGAUAUACGUGAAAUCGGGGCACUUCCUUCGCAGGAGUGCAGCAGAGUCUGAAAUGGCUACAGAGGGUUUGUCUUCAUCUCCAAAGCACUUGAACGCAGCCCUGCCCUGCUCUGACAUCCCCCCGUCUCUGCCUCAGUACCAUUAAAACAGUGAUGCGUUAAGAUGUAAGUAGGCUGCUCCCUCUUCGAUCAGGACAGGUGGAUAUUGUGAGUGUAUCACUGUGCCUGCUCACAGCAGAGCUCAUGUAUAUGUCUGUAAGUAUGUACUGUACAGAGUAACUUCUUCCUUUCCACAGUCAUCAUGAUCUCUUGUGUGAGGUGGAACUGCUUACUCACAAAUACCUUUUUUUAUUCUUUAAUUUUUUUGGACAUGGAUAAGCUGUUCCGACUCGGGAGGCCACAGACUGUCUGAGGAGUCUCUGUUUUAUGUAUAAAUUGAACGGUUUUCCAUCUCGUCAAUUAAGGAGAGGAGGAGGAGGAGGAGGAGAAACCCGCUGUGAUGUUUUAGAGCGAUGUGAGUGGGUCGCAUGCAGACCAGCAGCUGCAUGACUGUUUUAUUUUUUAUGGGGAUGGUGUAUGUGUGUUCAAAAAGGGAAACCCCCCUCACUGUGUCGCUUUACACUCGGGCUUGUUGGAGGACGGAGCCCCAUCAUGUGCCGUCUCAUCAAAACUCCUGCAGAAAUUUGGCCUUUACGUGUUUCUCACCCAAAAAUAUUUAAUGAAAUUAGCUCCUCGGUGUGUGUGUGUAAAGGGCAGCAGCUUAUGAUUGAUUUAAAUAUCUGUUAAUCUGUUGAUUAUUUUCUUGUUGAAAGUUUCUGUAUGUGACGUUCAGAGCAUUAAUACAGCAGCAAACCACUAUUUGCUAUGUAAAGAUAUAGUGGAGUAAUGGCGUCCAGAGCGGAGUCAGGAGUCAGGCUCCGUCUGUGUGUGUUGUCUGUGGUUUGUUGACACACAGCUGAGUUCCCUCCAUGUUGAGACCUGUGUGCAGACAACUCAUACGCUCUGAAUUUCACACACAGCUCCUUUAAUCACUUGGUUUAAAGAUGUCCAUCAAAAGUCCGAGGUGACAUCCUCAGAUAUCUUGCUUUGUUCAACCAACGAUUCAAAAAACCCAAAUAUAUCAAGUUGACUGUCAUAGAAGACGAAGAAGCCCAGUGAAUGAUCACAUGUGAGAUGAUGGAGCUUGUGACUUUUUGCCAGCGAUUAAUUGAUUUUUAAAAAUUGCUGCAGAUACAUUUUCUGUGGAUUGAUUAUUCGCUGCUGCUCUAUAUGUGUGUGUUAUGUUCAUGAUUUACCAAACUGCAUUUAUUUGGGAAUGUGUCAGCUUUAAAGCCCUUGAAAACAUAGGUUGAAAUCUUGGUUAUAUCUCCUUAAGAUUACAUUUCCAUGACUAAAUAGUUGAAUUUGAAAAAGAGCCAUCCUUGAUUGUUAUUUAUAAACAGCGUAACAACCAGAGCUGUUCUAACUUUGGCAGAAAACAUUGUGCUCAUGUUGGAUGCCAUCAUGUAUCAUAAAAAAGCUGAUUGAGAAAUGAAGUGUUCAGGACCUUUAAAGCUCAUUCAUGUUGGUCACAUUAAUUAUUUUAGGGAGGAGAAUGAAGGAACAACUUGUUAACUAGUUACAAAAGUUGAUAAAUACUAUGGAUAAAAUCAAAAUGUAGUUUGGCAGAUUAUUAUGUACUGGAAGCUCACCAGUAGAUACCAACAUUACAGAAAGACUCAAGAUUCAUCGUCUUUUUGAUGCAGUGUCAGAAAGUAGUGAAAAACACCACAUGGAAUUCCCCAGAACUCAACGUGAGAUCGAUAAAUGAUUUGUUAUAUCUGAGCAACAGUCCAAAAGAUACAAAGCUGUUCAGUUUAUUAUCAUGUAAGACAAAGAAAAGCAUCAGAUUCUCACAUUUACGCAGCAUGAAACCAGCAAUAUUACCAAUUUCUAUCCAUUGAUUAAUCGACAAAUCAUCACAGCUCUGUUGGUUACUGUGUUUUUCCUCCUCUCCAUGCUAACAGUGAGAAGUGCCGUCGUCUACAGUGUGAUUCCAGUGUAAAUAAGGGGGGCAUUUUAAAGUUUAGCCAAAGAGUUACACAUAGCAAACUCUCUUCUUGUGUUAUUAUGUUGCCUUCAAACGAUUAAAACUGUGCUUGAUUUGUGUAACUCAGACUGACUGAAGCCUCGCAUAAGCUUUGGCUGAACUUUUGGAUGUGUUUAUACAACUGUAGAUUUUGUCCCUGAUCUGUUACAUUGGAAUAUCAUUGGGAAGGCAUGUUGUCAUGGGCAGUGUGGACAGGAGGAAUGAGUACAGUGAGCAAAGUGUACAUAUGGGUACAUGACUGUUAUUUUCCAAAGGUAAACUCUGCAGGAUUUUCCUUAAAAACAAUGUGUAGUCGCUUACAGAAUAUAAUAAUAUCAGCAUGUCAUCAGUAUUGGGUGAUAUCGGCUUUAGAGUGAGCUAUUAGUGUUGUAUUUCAUGUCUCCAUCUGCUGGUGGGCCGUCAUGAUGAGAGUAUAUAUGUAUAAUAUGUUCAGUCCACUACAGAAGAGACUUGAUGAUCACUAAAAUUACGAGGGAAAAAAUAAUAUAUCGAUAUCAGUUAGUGUAGCAGUGUGUUUUUCUGCAGAGACUCUGCCCUCUUUUCUAUGUUUGGGAUGUUUAUGAACGUGCACCCCCACAGCGCUCAGGUGAGGUCGGGGUGUCAUUAAAAGGCAGCGACCAGGUGUCAGACAAUAAGCAGCAGGCGUCCAAGAGACGCAGCAAAAGAAAAAACGGAUAUAAUGAGGCGACAUUUUAAAUGAUAGUGAAACUGGGGUUGACUUUUACUUUCACUGGUGAGCAUUUUAACAAACAGGAAGUGAGAAUCCUGCAGAGUUUACCUUUACAACUAUCCCUUAAAACUAAUUGUAUAAUCUGAAAACGUAUCGCCACAAACCUAGAAGCAAGCUGUUGAGAUGCAUGGUUUUCACAGGGCUGCAACAGGGUUAUGAGGUUUAUUCUACAGUUCGUAAUGUUCAUGUUAAGUCUGGACCUCAUGCACGUCUCUUGUGUUAACUGAUGUCUGCUGCUUCUUUUUCAAUUGAAUUAAUGUGAAGCUUCAUUGUUGCAUCAUGAACAAUCUUCUGAAGCUUUUAUUUCUUGUUUGAUCAUCAUCAAGUCUGUGGUGUUCGUCUGAUCAUGUUAAAAUGCAGUAACCUCUGUUAUAUUUAAUCACAUGUUGAGAGUCUCUGCACUUUACACACAUGCAUAAAAAUUAAGAAAAUUCUAGCAACCAUUAAAGCUGCCAGAUCUCUGCAGGAGGAGGUGACGGCACAUGUUGGGGCUGAGCGGAGGUUUCAGUUUGGGUCGGGAGAGUUUUAGGAUCAAGUUAAUAUUUGUCAUAGUUUCAGUGGGGGUCUUUUUUUCUUGUUUUUGUUUUCUGUCAUUCCAGAAUGAGUCUGCCUUAUUUCCACACUUUUGAUUGUGAAAAUCGGUUGUAAAGCGAUGUGUUUUAUGACGACUAAAUUAAAGUUUUUUAACUGGUGAAAA